CGCCGCAGCCCGGCAGCCACCGCCCCACCGACAGGGGCCGGCCCCGGCCUCGGCAACACGCCCCAAGGGGGGCGGGCGCUGCCAACCCCGGCGACGAGGGCCCUCACCCCGGGAGCGCCGGCAGCCGCGGCCGGGCAGGCCCCGAGAGCAGACAUCAGGAUGGCUCUGCUGGACACCAGCAAAUACGCACAGGGCUUCGGCCUAUGCGGCGUGAAUCCCGACCUCGCCAGCGAGAGGCAGACGGCCUCCUUCAGCGUGGAGAGGCUGACCACCGUGCUGGACGGCGGAGCUGAGCACACGCGGGUGCGGAGGGCGGUCGUUGAAGCGAUCGAGCGUGACCCUGUAUUUAGCAGAGAAAAUCAGUAUUUCCAAACCCAGAAUGAGAGGUAUGAAGCAGCAGUCAGAAAGGCCGUUCACCUCCAAAAAAAGAUGCAUGAGAUGGGAUGGAGAGAGGAUGGACCUGAAUUUAUAUAUAUCUACAGGGCGCUUGCAGGAGACGUGGCAUUUCUCCUUCACCGUGUCUUCAUGAGAAGUAUUUCGGUCCUGGGCUCUGACGAACAGGUUGCCAAAUGGAUUCCUCUUGCCACUAAACACCAGCUCAUAGGAAGUUAUGCCCAGACUGAACUGGGACACGGAACUUAUCUUCAGGGUUUGGAAACAACAGCAGUCUUUGAUACCACUACACAGGAGUUUAUACUGAACACACCAAAGAUCUCUGCAAUGAAGUGGUGGCCUGGAGACAUGGGAAGGUCAGCAACCCAUACAGUGGUCUUUGCUCAGCUCUACGUCCAUGGGAAGUGCUACGGCGUGCAUCCCUUCAUCGUGCAGAUACGCAGCCUUCGGGACCAUUCACUGUGCCCAGGCAUAACUGCAGGAGACAUUGGUCCCAAAAUGAAUUUUGAGCACAUUGACAAUGGCUACCUCAUGCUCCAGAAUGUGCGCAUCCCCAGAGAGAACAUGCUGAACAAGUUUUGUGAGGUUCAGCCAGAUGGCACCUAUAUAAGACAUGGGUCACAGAAGAUUAAUUAUUUCACUAUGACUACAGUACGUGUUUCCCUCCUUUCAGAUGAAGUUAUUCUACCUCUGAUGAAAGCUUGCACCAUUGCCAUCAGAUACUCUGCAGUUCGCCGGCAGUCCAAGUUAAAUCCUGGGGAAGAAGAAGCAAAAAUCCUUGACUACCAGACCCAGCAAGAGAAAUUGCUGCCUCAGUUGGCAGCAGCCUAUGCCUUCCAUUUCAUCAACAACUAUCUGCACAAGCUGUUUGACAGGGGCUACAAAGAGAUCCAGGAGAGGAACUUCAACUCGCUGCCAGAGCUUCAUGCAUCUUCUUCAGGCUUUAAAGCUAUGCUUAGUCAGUACUGUACUGCAGGAGUGGAGAUCUGCCUCAGGGCAUGCGGAGGACAUGGCUACUCUCUGCUGAGUGGACUCCCUUCCUUGUACACUAAAAUACUUGCCUCUUGUAUCUAUGAAGGGGAGAACACAAUUUUGCUCCUGCAAACUGCCAGGUUCCUGAUUAAGUGCUUCGCAGCCGCUAGUGCUGGCCAGCCCGUUCCACAAUCUGUCACUUAUCUGGCUGCAGUGAAACCUGGGAAGUGUCCAGCCAAGAACAAGUUGGAUUUUCUCAAUCCAGACAUUUAUGUGGAGGCCUACCAACACACAGCAAUCAGAUUCUUAAGCAGCACAGCAGCUAAACUACAGGACUUGAUUCAGUCAGGAGUCAAAAAGCAUGAAGCUUGGAACCAGUGCACGGUACAGCUGGUACAGGCUGCAAAGGCUCACUGCCACUACAUCACUGUGAAAAACUUUGUAGAGACUGUGGAAAAACUUGAGAACAAGGCUGGCAUCCAGAAGAUUAUGAAACAUCUCUGUGAUCUGUUUGCAUUACACGGUAUCUUCUCAAACGCAGGACUCUUUCUGCAUGAUGGAUACAUAUCUGGAGCUCAAAUGGACAUGAUCACAGCGUCAUACCUGGACCUCCUGGGUGUCAUUCGGAAGGAUGCUGUUCCACUAGUGGAUGCUUUUGACUUCACAGACAAGAGCUUGAAUUCUGCACUCGGCAGUUAUGAUGGAAACGUUUACCAACGGCUUUAUGAGUGGGCUCAGAAGUCACCCACCAACCAGCAGAUAAGCCCAGCCUAUGAAAAGUAUUUGCGGCCACUUCUUCACAACAAGCUAUCGAAAUUAUGAAGACCAUGAUCCAAAUGAAGGGCACCCCAUUCUUCCCGCUCUUUGUGCGGCAGUUCAUUUCUGAAGCAUCAAUAUUAGCUAAUCAGAGAUAAAUCAUCAGUUGCUUAUUUGCGAUUGCCAGAAGUAUGAGACAUGAUUCUUAGCCAGCCAUUUGCAUUUAAUCAGACAGAAGCCAAACAACUGUGAAUAGUACCGACUUUUAUGAAGCAGUUCAGUCAGAAAUAGCAUUGGUUUUGCUGUUUUCUAACUGAAAUGUUCAGAUAGCAUCAGAAACUGAACCAUUUGUCUUAUUCUUUUUUUAAAUCUACUACAUGUAGAUUAAGGAAAAAAAGACGAUGAGCUCAGCCUCAGUUUGUUUUAACUGUACAGUGUCUUCAGAAAAAAAAAUACCAGCAAUCUUUAGUGAAAAACCUAAGGAAUGUAAAAUUAUGGUCCUUGGUUUCUAGGAACAACUUACUCUUUUAUAUCAGGAAGCACGCUAGAAAAUGCACUUGUUUCAACAAUGUAAAAAGCUCUUAACUUGCUCAGCAGUUAAGUAUUUCUUGCUAAUGAAGAUUCAGACAAAGCCGAUAUCAACUCCUCUCUGCAGAAUUUACUUUCCCAUUAAUAGAGCUGCUCAUACUGUCUUUUGAUAAAUCUUGGAUUCCAAUAAAGUGUAUUAUUUGGAAUACCA